AUGUCAAACCAAACCCUCUUAGAACCGAGUCUUGGCAGCGACGCUAAAGCCAUCACAAAGCAGCGACUGAUGCCAACGAUUCAUGGCUUCAUCAGAGAGAAUGUUAAUUGUGUGAGAGCAGUGUCCAGCCCAGAGCUCCAGCACAGACCUCCAGCCCAAACCUCCAGCCCAGAGCUCCAGCACAGUGCUCCAGCCCAGAGCUCCAGCCCAGUGCUCCAGCCCAGAGCUCCAGCCCAGACGUUCAGCUCAGACCUCCAGCCUAGAGCUCCAGCCCAGUGCUCCAGCCCAGUGCUCCAGCCCAGACGUUCAGCCCAGAGCUCCAGCACAGAGCUCCAGCCCAGUGCUCCAGCCGAGAGCUCCAGCCCAGACCUCCAGCCCAGUGCUCCAGCCCAGAGCUCCAGCCCAGAGCUCCAGCCCAGAGCUCCAGCCCAGACCUCCGGCCCAGUGCUCCAGCCCAGAGCUCCAGCCCAGACCUCCAGCCCAGAGCUCAGCCUAGAGCUCCAGCCCAGAGCUCCAGCACAGAGCUCCUGCCCAGAGCUCCAGACCAGACCUCCAGCCCAGAGCUCCUGCCCUCAGGGAAAUGACCUUGAGGACUCCUGCCCUAGAGAGAGAGAGCUUGGAAACAUGUGGUUCAGAACUGUUGAGCUCCGUCAGAGAAUCUCCGGCUCACAACUGCGAUCUAUCAGCCGCCAUCCCAAAGACAUAUUAAUACGACGGCGUGAGGAGGAGGAGAGGGGGGGUGGCGGGUUUUGUUUGGGGGAAACUGCGAGACUCGGGUCGAGAUCAGUGGCAAUCAUUACGGCGCGCAAACAAGCCUUGUCCAUCACCCUCGCCUUUCGCUAA